CUACAAGUUACCAUAUAAAGCUUCUUAGUGGAGACUUAAACUCACAGGAGUACAAUGCAUCAAUUGAGUGCUACUGGGCUCCCUUCAUGAGUUUGAUUCAUACCAUUCAACAUAUCAUACUGUCCUGAGAUGACUGGUGAACCUUGCUGCCAUAGCCAAACAUGGCAAGAACUAGGAAGGAGUUGAUGUGUUGGUGUUUGAGAGCUAUCUCUGAUGGAUGCACAAGCAUAACAAGCCUUAAUCAAUGCUAUCCAAACAUGGCAGGAGGAAGGAAGGAGUUUGAUGUGUUGGUGUGUGAAGCUAUGUCUGGUGGAUGUACAAGUGUAAGAAACUUCAGAUCAAUGUUAUGUAAGUUUCUGGGUUUUGAUCUAAGGCUUUCUAUUCCAUCCAAAUUCUUCUGUUAUGGAAUUCCUGGGAUUGUUCAAGAAUCUAAUGUGACAACUACUUGUGAAUUGAGAAACCUUGGCAAAUUGGUUAGAAUCCAACAUCAAUCCUUUAUGUGCCCAACACACCUAUGGGAGCUAUCAGUUUUAAGGAAUAGUAGAGGGAAAAGGAGAUUGGCUAUGGUAGUUGAACUUAACCAGCAAUGGAAGGUAUAUGAAGAAGAUUGAACUUGUGAAACAUGAAGACUUUUACAAGCUUCACUAUCUGUUUCUUUUGGGAUAUACAGCACAAAAAGUGAAGCAGGAAAGAAGAGGAUUUAGCAAGAUGUAACUUGCAUUUUUUGUUAUGUAAGUUUCCACUUAGUGGCUAGUUUCUAUUUCCUUUUAUGGUCUAUUAGCCUUUCAUUCAUGCCACAACAAUCUAGGGCUUGCCUCAUGAUUUUUUGUUUUGCAGAUUGGCCACCAUUUACCCCAGUUGUUCUUAAUGAUAUUACAAAUGAUAUGUUGAUUUAUUGACAAAAGUUGAUGUUUAUUGCCCUUUCAUCAUUCUUAGGUGUGCAAGCUUUUUGCCUUUUUAGUUUUCGUUGUGGGUUAUUUUAGCCUUGCAUUUUGGUAGAGUAUAUUUAUUGACUGAAUACAUGCAAUUGUAUACU